UGCAGAUCGUGGCUCAUUUGGGGCAUGUGCUGUAUAAAUCGGCAGCACCGCUCACGCCCCGCCGCCGCCGCGCAGAAACCCUAGCCUCCGCCGUUCAUCUCCUCCCUCCUCGGGCUCGCUCUCCCUCCCGCAUCGAUCCAGGAUGAAGUUUGUUGCUGCCUAUCUGCUUGCUGUCCUCGCUGGCAACCCCAGCCCCUCCGCGGAGGAUUUGUCGGCCAUUCUGGAGUCAGUUGGCUGUGAAAUUGACAAUGAAAAGAUGGAGCUCCUGCUGUCCCAACUGAGUGGCAAGGACAUUACCGAGCUCAUUGCUGCAGGCAGGGAGAAGUUUGCUUCCGUCCCAUGCGGCGGUGGUGGUGUGGCUGUCGCGGCAGCUGCCCCAGCUGCUGGUGGAGCUGCUCCUGCAGCUGAGGCGAAGAAGGAAGAGAAGGUGGAGGAGAAGGAAGAAAGUGAUGAUGACAUGGGCUUCAGCCUCUUCGACUAGGCUUCUGCAGUCAUCAGAGUUGUGUCUUUUGGUCAGGAAAACCAAGAGUCAUGAUGUUUGGACUUUAACCUUGUUUUAUUUUGCAAAUCACCGGAAAGACUGUUGCUGCCUUGAUAUGGUAGUAAUUCAGCUGUAGGUUGCUAUUGGUUGGGGUUUACUGGUGAACCAGAGUUUUUCCUAUCCUAUAUAUCUGAUGAAUUGGUUGCCCCAAAAGUUUCUUUGC